UCUCGGCUCCCUCUCGGCUCCCUCUCGGCGGCUCCAGGGGUGUGUAGUGACAGGGGCCGGGGCCGAAAGCGAGGACGAGAGAGCGGACUCACAUUCCUCGGCCUUUGCCCCUCCUGGGCUUCCUCUGGGCGUUCCUGCUGCCUGAAACCUGCUGUGGGAAUGAGUGAUUGAUCCCAUCUUCGCGUCUUUAGCUGAUGUAGGGCAGAAUGGGUGUGUGUCCCUUGCUCCUGCUGCUCAGUCUCGCCCUGGGGGCCUCAGCCCAGGACCAUGUCCCUGCCACAACUGCUCCAAAUAUCUCCGGAAAAUGGACAGAAGACGUUAAGAUGACGGUCGCCGCCACAGGGCCACCGACAGCACUGACCCUCGGAGUCAUCCCAGUGACGACAACACCGCCACCGACGACAACAAUGGCGAGCCCAGCUGUUGCCGAGGAUGUCCAAGUGGUGGAUUCUAACGCCACCGUCUGGUUGGCACCCAUCCCUCCGCCCCCGUCCCAACCUCCAUCCGAUGACUUCCAGCCCACGCAAAGCCCGGAGGCCCCCUCUCUUACCACGUCUGUGGAUAGUGAGAACGGCACCACAGCAGACACGCCUACUCCCGAAACGUACAUUGAAGACGAGGGCUUUACCAUGGAGACAGAGACCACUACAGAAAUGGAUUUCCCCUCGGAUGCCACCCCACAUGACAACAGCUCUUCUGAUGACAUGCCAAUCAUCGCAGUCAUGGUGGCCCUCUCGUCCCUGCUGAUCAUCAUCUUCAUCAUCAUCAUCCUCUACAUGCUCAGGUUCAAGAAGUACAAGCAGGCAGGAAGCCACUCCAACUCAUUCAGACUGGCCAAUGGUAGAUCAGAUGAUACAGAACUCCAGAGUGUGCCGCUAUUGGCCCGUUCGCCGAGCACAAACAGGAAGUACCCGCCCCUUCCUGUCGACAAGCUGGAGGAAGAAAUGAAUCGUCGCAUGGCUGAUGACAACAAACUAUUCCGGGAGGAGUUUAAUGCUCUGCCAGUCUGUCCUAUCCAGGCAACGGUUGAUGCUGCCUCCAAGGAAGAGAAUAAAGAAAAGAACAGAUAUGUCAACAUCCUGCCAUACGAUCACUCCAGGGUGCAUCUCUCGUCUCUGGAAGGCGUCCCCGACUCUGACUUUAUCAAUGCCUCCUUUAUAAACGGCUACCAGGAGAAGAACAAGUUUAUUGCAGCUCAAGGGCCAAAGGAGGAAACGGUAAAUGACUACUGGCGGAUGAUCUGGGAGCAGAACACAGCCACCAUAGUCAUGGUGACCAAUCUGAAGGAGAGGAAAGAGUGCAAAUGUGCACAGUACUGGCCGGACCAGGGCUGUUGGACAUAUGGAAACAUCCGGGUGUCUGUAGAAGACGCCAUGGUUCUUGUAGAUUACACCAUCCGCAAGUUUUGCAUCCAACAGGUUGGGGAUGUGUCGGGCAAAAAGCCUCAAAGGCUGGUCACUCAGUUCCACUUCACCAGCUGGCCAGACUUUGGUGUUCCCUUCACCCCCAUUGGCAUGUUGAAGUUCCUCAAGAAAGUGAAAACGUACAACCCUCAAUACGCCGGGGCCAUUGUGGUCCACUGCAGUGCGGGGGUAGGGAGGACGGGUACCUUCAUCGUGAUCGACGCCAUGUUAGACAUGAUGAAUUCAGAGAGGAAAGUGGACGUGUUCGGCUUUGUCACCAGGAUUAGAGCCCAGCGCUGUCAGAUGGUCCAAACUGAUAUGCAGUACGUGUUCAUCUUCCAGGCCUUGUUGGAGCACUAUCUUUACGGAGACACAGAGCUGGAGGUCACCUCACUGGAGUCUCACCUGGCCAAACUCUACGCCCCUGCACCUGGAGCUGGCUGCAGUGGUCUGGAGGCGGAAUUCAAGAAACUGACGUCCAUCAAGAUCCAGAAUGACAAGAUGAGGACAGGCAAUCUUCCGGCCAACAUGAAGAAGAACAGAGUUCUGCAGAUCAUUCCAUACGAGUUCAACAGAGUGAUCAUCCCAGUGAAAAGAGGAGAAGAGAACACGGACUACGUCAAUGCUUCUUUCAUUGACGGUUACCGUCAGAAGGACUCUUACAUGGCCAGCCAGGGUCCCCUGCAGCACACCAUGGAGGACUUCUGGAGGAUGAUCUGGGAGUGGAGGAGCUGCUCCAUAGUGAUGCUCACUGAGCUGGAGGAGAGAGGGCAGGAGAAGUGUGCUCAGUACUGGCCCAGUGAUGGAGUGCUGGUGUACGGAGACAUCUCCAUGGAACUGAAGAGGGAGGAGGAGAGUGAAAGCUACACAGUGCGGGACCUCCUGGUCACCAACAACAGGGAGAACAAGGCUCGAGCGGUGCGUCAGUUUCAUUUCCACGGCUGGCCGGAGGUGGGCAUCCCCACUGACGGUAAAGGCAUGAUCAAUAUCAUCGCUGCAGUGCAGAAGCAGCAGCAGCAGUCUGGCAACCAUCCAAUCACAGUCCAUUGCAGUGCCGGUGCAGGCAGGACCGGAACAUUCUGUGCGUUGAGUACAGUCCUGGAGAGGGUGAAGGCAGAAGGCAUCCUGGAUGUUUUUCAGACAGUCAAGAGUCUGAGGUUGCAGAGACCCCACAUGGUGCAGACACUGGAGCAGUACGAGUUCUGCUACAAAGUGGUUCAGGAGUACAUCGAUGCCUUUUCCGACUACGCCAAUUUCAAGUAGAGACCCAGCGUCACACUAACACCACACACACACACACACACACACACACACACACACACACACACACACACACACACACACACACACACACACACGGACCAGCUGCAGACCUUUUGUUCUUUUUCUAAAAGUACUUUUAUGGCAACUUGGUCUGUGGACGGGACAAAAGUGACGGCAGGAAAAGGGACGGAGGAUCGAGUCCAAAGGACGGACCAGAAGGAGAAACCUUCUUGAGUAUUUUGUAAGAAAGGUCUUGUUGAUACUGACAUACAGUACACAUGCUUACUGUCUUGCAUCUUAUUACUUUGGUAUCACACACA